CACAUCGGAGCACAAAAAGUGACGGAGUAACUUCCGCUGCUUGUUUGGCUGGCGAUUUUAAAUGUGUUGUCGGCCGUAGAACGGUGGUAUUUUCAUAGCUUUAAUGGCAAGCCUUUCGGGUCAUGCACUACAACCAAAUACCAGAAGAGUGACAUAGAGCUAUAUACGAGUUCUACACCUUAUAACAUUUACUAUACUAUGUUCAAAAGGAUGGCAGAAUUUGGUCCAGAUUCGGGGGGGCGGGUGAAGGGAGUUACCAUCGUGAAGCCAAUCGUGUUCGGAAACGUUGCCAGGUAUUUUGGAAAGAAAAGAGAAGAGGAUGGACAUACACAUCAGUGGUCCGUAUAUGUAAAACCCUACAGAAAUGAGGAUAUGUCAGCAUACGUCAAGAAGAUCCAGUUCAAAUUGCAUGAGAGCUAUGGAAACCCUCUCAGAGUGGUCACCAAGCCUCCAUAUGAAAUCACUGAGACGGGCUGGGGAGAGUUUGAGAUCAUCAUCAAGAUCUUCUUCAUCGACCCCAACGAGAGGCCGGUGACUCUGUACCACCUGCUGAAGUUGUUCCAGUCUGACUCCAGUGCCAUGCCUAAGAAGACGGUGGUGUCUGAGUUCUAUGACGAGAUGAUCUUCCAGGACCCCACAGCGAUGAUGCAGCAGCUUCUGACCACCUCCAGACAGCUGACCCUGGGAGCCUACAAACACGAGACAGAGUUUGCGGAGCUGGAGCUACGCACGCGGGAGAAGCUGGAAGCUGCGAAGAAGAAGAUGAGCCAGGAGAUCACAGAGCUGAAGGAGAGGCUGAAGGCCAGCAGGGAGACCAUCAACUUCCUGAAGGGAGAAAUACGCAAGCUGGAGGACGACGACCAGAUCAAAGAUCACUGAGACACACUCACGCGCGCACACACACACACACACACACACACACACACACACACACACACACACACAAAUGCACACUCUCCCUUUAUCUCACCAUCACGUUCACUCUCUCUGACACACACACACACUGACUCACACAGCCUGAAAUGCGCCCUCACCCUCUCUCUGACAUACAUACACACACUGAUUUAAUUACUCAUUCAUACAAUUUAACACAGAUUUAUUUUACAAACAUACAUGGUAUAAUAAUAAGUGACUGUCUGCCACAUACGCUCUCUCACUGGAUCUCUGUCUCUCUCACUCAUGCACACACUCUCACUCACUGACCUGGAGAUCUUGAAUGUUAUUUUAUGGAUCCCACACUCAGCGCCACACUCACAUUUGACCACAGAGGACUGCAUAUGGAUCUGACUCAGGCAGCAUAAUGUCACAUUUUUCUAGGCCGUUCUGAAUAUAAAUAUAUUUGCUGGUUUUUUUUUUUUUUACAAUCUUUAUGUAUUGUGCGUAAAUUCAAACACUUUGUCUUUUAUGAUGUCCCUCUACAUGCACAGGUGUCCUGUUGCUGUAUAAUGCCAUCCCUAAUCAGUCUCUUUUCCUCAAUUCCUCUAGUUUCCUAGAUUUCCUCCCAAUUGUUUUCAAAAACUUCCUAGUGGCUUGUGUGACACAAGCCCAGCCCCUACCUGAAUCUCUCAGGUUGCCAGGUUUUCUACAUGACAACCCUGCGCUUGAAUUGGUGGUGAGACAAAACACCUAAUUAUUUGACCGUAAAUGUAGCCUUUUUGUGUGUUUUAUAUUUUAUUUGUAGUCUACUUUGUAUGGGUCUAUUUCCCGUGUAUGUGUCUAGUCCUUCAGUGCUCACCUAGUCAAGCUGCGGGUGUGCCAAACUGCUCCCAAAUCCCCCAAUAAAAGUGUCAAUCUUUUGA